AUGCCCGCCGCCGCCAAGCCCGCUGCCAUCAAGGCCACUGCCGCCAAGAAGGCUGCCCUCAAGGGCACCUCGGGCACCAAGACCCGCAAGGUCCGUACCGACACGACCUUCCGUCGUCCCAAGACGCUCGACCUGGCCAAGAAGCCCGUCUACCCUCGCAAGGCCGUCCCCCACGCCCCUCGCAUGGACGCUUUCCGCACCAUCCUCUACCCUCUCAACACCGAGAGCGCCAUGAAGAAGAUCGAGGAGAACAACACGCUCAUCUUCAUCGUCGACCGUGCCGCCAACAAGCGCCAGAUCGAGGGCGCCCUCAAGAAGCUCUACGACAUCAGCGCUGCCAAGAUCAACACGCUCAUCCGCCCCGAUGGCAAGAAGAAGGCUUUCGUCCGUCUUACGCCUGACCAGGACGCUCUUGACGUGUCCAACCGCAUCGGCUUCAUCUAA